CCGUGCGCGCCGGGUUCAAAGGCCCGGGCGCGGCAGCUCCAGCCCCUCCGUGGGGCGGGGAGGCAAGGGGGGUGGUGCGGGAGCCAGAAAAGCCCGAGCCCACAGCCGGCCAGCCCUGAGCAGGGAUGGGCAGCGCGCUCUGAAGUUUGUGACCGUCGCAGCCAACUCCCGGCAGCAGCCCGGGACGCAGCGAGCCAUCGGCCCGCCACAAACCCCCCUCCCAGCUGGAGGGCGAGACCAGCUGUGCCUGCCCCAGCGCCCUUUCUCGGCCACAGGCGUCUGUCCUCCGGCCCGGGGCUCCCGCGCCCGAUCGGGGUUCAUGGAGCUGGGGCUUUGGUUCCUUUUCGGGCUCACAGUGACCUCCGCCGCAGGAUCGGUGCCAAGCCCCCAGCCUGGGGACGCUGGCAGGAGCGGCGAACCCCGGGCCCCCUCUGCAGCCAGAUCUGAGGGGGACACGGAGGAGACUGUGGCCACAACGGCAGUGCGGGGUCCAAGCCCCGGAAGCCAUGGGCAGGAGCAAGGACCAGGUCAGUUUGGGGAGCAGGCAGCCAAAGGGGACCCCGUGCACCACCGAGCCCGGCGCUGUACGUGCCUUACCUACAAGGACAAGGAGUGUGUCUACUAUUGUCACCUGGACAUCAUCUGGAUCAACACACCUGAACGGACUGUGCCCUAUGGACUGUCCAACUACAGAGGGAGCUUCCGGGCCAGGCGGUCGGCGGGACCCGCUCUGCGGAGCCCGCGGCCCUCCACGUGGACGCUGCGCUGCGCCUGCGCGGAGAGCGAGGACCAGGCCUGCGCGCGCUUCUGCGCCCGGAGCCCGGCUGCCCGCGGAACAUCACCCACAACGUGGCCACGGCCGUGUCUGGUCUCCAGACGGAUCUCUUCUGAACUGCACAGCAAUUUGCCAAAAUCUGAGAAUUCAAGGACAGCGGGGAAACCUGACAAGAAAGCAGGAGAGCAGGCCAGCAGUGUGGCCCGAGACCUGCGUCCGAGGAGGUUGAAGUCAAGGACAGACAGAGCGAGCAGGCUUUAGACCAUCACCAUCACGUGCGUGCCGGGCAGUGGGCCUCCCUGCGCUCUGCCCACUGCUCUGAAUGCUUUCAGGAGCCCCUUGGGAGGACGGGCCUGCCGCAGGAAGGCCUCGGUUCUGGCUUGUCCGAGGUUCACAUUUCCACCUCUUGGAGGACAAGGAAUGAGUUUUGCCUGUGGGAGAAGACCCGCUUGAGGGGUCUGCACUUAACAAUACAGCCCUUCCCCGAAAGAAUGCCCCGAUCCAAAGGCCCCCAGUUUCCCUAAUGGGUAAAAUGAUCCCAGCUGAGCCCUGGGGCCUGACGCCCAGGGCUCCAGUUUCAUGCAGGAAAUUGUUUUUGGAGAGGCAUGGCACGUGGGAAAGCUGCUGCUUUUGCAGAAUAAGUGGACUCCAAGCUAACUCUUUUUGAAUGUAAACACGUCCAUCUUGUAACAGAUGCAGCGCACAUUACGGGCUCCCCAGCGUCUGUACCCUCACCUGGGCAGGCACGGGGUGUCAGUUCUAGAUGCAAAUUAGUCGCGCUUUAUAGGAGUUGAUGAGUUUGAGGCUUACAGGAUUUAGGCAGAAAUUUUCAGCUGUGCUUGGGUACCCACCAAAAGAAUGUAUCUCCAAAAAAAGAGAGAAAGAAGAAACCAUGAUGCUUGUGAUAAAAAAAAAAAAAAGGAGAAAAUGAAUAUCUGCGGG